AUGGGCAAGAGAGGAAGUCAGAGAGAGAGAGGAGGAGUAAGGAAAGGGACCGGAAACUGCCUCACAAAAGAUGCAAAAUCAGCGCUCAAAUUGUUGGUUGGUAAUUCAGAGAUGCCUGCCAGUGAGCAGGAAUCAAACCAAGACACAGGCCCUUCCUCAGGACAUCCUGGACACCAGGACAGACCUUCAUUUACUCAGUUCUUACCAAAGGUGCUUCAGACAAUCAUUACCAACUUCAUCAACAGGUUAAAAGAUCUUCGUAAGCAUACCCUGUGCCUUCAUGAAUCUAGCUGUGUUUACUACUCCAUUGAGGCUUUCUUUAGGAGAUUUUUCCUAGGCUAUACAAUCCAGGGGUUUAUCAAUGUCCUCAGGUCUUUAUCCAGUGCCUUCAGCAAUCCUUCUAACAUCCCAAAGGCACUGUAUCACAAAGAUAACUUCUCUCUAGGUCUCUUCCUAGGUUUCUACUCAGGUCUAUUCAGGAGCGUCAGCUGUCUCCUGCGAUGGUUACGGAACAAAGACAGUCCCGUACAUGGUCUUCUAGCAGGUUUCAUAGCUGGACUAUCAACCAUCUUCUAUAGAAGCAAAACACUUUCACUCUAUGUAUUAUCAAAGGCUGCUGAGAACAUAUUCUUCAAACUUCAGGACUUGAAGUAUCUUCCCAUCAUCCCUCAUGGUGAUUCCCUUCUCUAUGCACUUGGUACAUCUAUCGUCCUGCAGGCUGCCGUGUUUGAGCCUCAUCAAAUUAGGCCAGCUUACUGGAAGUUCCUUCUUGGUCUAACAGGAAACAAAUUUGCCCAGAUGAACCGUAAGCUGUUGGAUGCUAGCGGAUCGCAAGCCUCUAAACUCGAUCCCGAUUACUGGCCGAAAUAUGAUACAAGAUUCACACCUAACCUCUUGGCUGCUGGUCUAGUCUAAGCCUUGUAAUCUGUGGCUUUUUUCAGGUUUUAAUGAGAAUUAUGGUGUUGAUUAAAAGUCAUAUUAUGAACUCCUUUUCAACCUCGAAGAUAGUUUUAAUCAUUUAACAUUGAACUAUUGGUAGUCUUUACAUAGUUACUCUCUUGGGCUAUGCUGGACCAUGGUUUAAGGUUUAAUGUUCAAGAAAAUUAUUGUUCUAUUUCCAGGUUGUUUUAAAGGCCUGAAUACCAACAGUACUUAGAAACCAAAUUACUGUGUAAGAUCUAUGCUACAUUGUGCUGCCCUUGAUCAGACCGCAGAUUUUAACAAAAAUUCAAGUCAAAUCGGAGUUCAGAAUGUUAGACAAAGUCAUCCAUUAUUGAUUAUAAAUGAUAAUAUAUUCAUACAUACUUGAAUAUUCAUGUAUUGGAGUGUUUUAUGCGUGUGGACAAUCAGAUUCUUUGACCCUGUCUCAUAAAAAUUGUUAUCAACAAAAGCUACCGAAAUGCUUCUGUUUGAUUGGCUAAGAGCAAUGUUGUGAUAUAUUUACAAGUGUUAUGAAACAUGGCCUUGGUGUGGUGAUUAUGACACUGACUCAAACAUAUUUGUGAUCAUGUUGGUAACAGCUCUUUGAUUUUUUUUUUGUAAAUGUACAAAAGUAUUAUUUAUACCAAAAAAGAAAUUAGUGCCAUCACUUUGCAAAAUUAUUUGAUUUCAGUCAUCUUCUUGCAAUAUUUCCAGAAAGUGCAUUCCAAGUAAGUAAAUCUUAAUUAUGAUAUUCAGUAAUAUCUAAGUAAAUAGGAACUGCAGAGAGAUGGCUCAUGUUAUUAUUUGUUCAAUAAAAAAGUAUAUUAUUGAAAAUAUUUUGAUUAUUAUUAAGGGGGUUGAAAUAAUUUGUAUGUAUCAUAAGGCAGGCAUGCAAAUUGCGCCCAUAUUGUGACAUCACUUGUGUUAUCCUGAGAGAAUGGCCAACCACAUUGAACACAGCGCCAUACAUUAAUCACUGCAUUUCUCUUUCAAAGUGAUAAAGAAUUCCAUCUUAACACUUUUAUUCUCCAUGGAUCUCAAAUGUAGUUCUACUUAUUCAUCUUUAUUCUUCCCUGCGCUUGGAAUUGAUUGUUCAGUUAAAUAUUCAUUCGUUUUGAUUUUUAAUUGCUUCCCAUUUUCCCAAGAAAAAGGGGUCGACCCGCAAGCCUCUAAUGAUAAUGACUGAUGGGGCAGGAAUUAUGAAUGCUCUAUUCAGACAAUGCCAUCUUUGCUAGUGUAUGUCUACAUUGACAAAAUAAGAUGCACAACAUCAGGUUUCAUGAUGAUGUUAUUUUGAUUUGUAUGCUUGAGACUGCCAAUAUGUAAAAUAUUGUUUAGAACGAGGAUGUUAGGACCAGGGCUCCGUAGCACAAAGAUUAGCGAUCAAUCGCUAAAUGAACUGACAAAUCAAGAUCAAUGUUACACAUGCAUUUAGUGCAAAAUACUCACCAGGAACCAAUCAGUGCGGUUCUUUCAUAUUUCCAAUCCAUCGCAAACUUUUGUGUCGAGUACUGAUUAGUACAGAACCUGGGCAGUAUUAUUCUAAUUUGUGUUCAUGAUUUUAAGCCAAUUUGCUUCCGUGCAACGAUGACGUGAUCCUUGAAGGUACUCGGUGAUGGUAGACGCCAGCCCAGGCAUCAUGUAAUACACGACUUUCAGACAUUUGGGAUAUAUAAAGCUACAUGUGGAUAUCAAAGUGUACAUGAAAUUAUGCUGUCCACAUUCUCUGCUGUAUUAACACAAGAAUGUCACAAGAAAUUGUGUUAAAUAUGGGAAAAUGGGGAGUAUAGGAAGAAUGAGAUACUAGGGAAGAAAGAGAUGGGGACAAGAGAGUUUGAGGAGAGAAUGUGGGCAAGAGAAAAUAGUGAAUGAGAGAGGGAGAAAGAGUGGGAGGAGAAAGUAAAGAGUCCUCUGUAAACAAUUUUGUUUGAAUUAUCAUAUUGUCAGGUUUAAAUUUUUUGUUCAUUGUACAGUUUUUUGUAUUGUUCAUUUCAAAUAUGAUCAGGGGGGUGUUUCACAAAGAUUUAAGUACGACUUAAGUCGCAUUUAAAUGCCGACGCGUACAUGAUAUGCAACGCGCGAUCUUAUUGAUAGAUACGCAGUAGUGCGCGUCCUCAUGGCACGAUCUGACCAAUGCGGUCAAGCCUUUCAUACCGUACGCAACUCGGUAUUUAAGUGCGACUCUAAGUCAUACUUAAAUCUUUGUGAAACACCCCCCUGAUCAUAUAUUUGAAGAUAACCAAAAAUCAUAAUCUUAACCUAAUAAACUAACCACUGGCACAUCCCUAUAUUAUUCACCAGUGGGGGAAAAAACAGCAAUCCAUAGGUUAAAUGUUUAAUUUAGUGAUAAUGCACUAUGAGAUUGUUUAACUGUUUUUUAUAUGAAUUGUGAUUAUGUGAUAUCUGUAUAUAAGAAACGCAACUGAAAUUGAAUACUAGUAUAUGUUUAUGUACAGUGUACUUGUAAUUUGAACUGCAAUCUUGAAAUUGUUUAGGUUUUGAUGAUUGAUAUGAAUGAAACUUUCUUUUUGGCUACAACCGCACCAACCCCAGCACCCCUUCAAAAAAGGAA